CAGUUGUCUUUGCUCUGUGGGUCCGAGGGGGGCGGACAGCUGAGAAUAGACAGUGUGCUUGUCCUUGAGACAUGACUGCCCGAGGGUUUCCCAUCUGUAUUCCCGGGACAGUCAAAUACUUAAGCGCGUCGGUUGGACAAGAUGUUGGGUGUUUUUGUCAGAGCCGUGCUGCGGCCUGGUGUGGUGAAGCCAUGUCGCCUGGUCAGACCAGUAACACAAAUCCCAGAGAGGACCCUCGUGCACCAGGACGGUUUACCUAAGCUGCCUGUGCCGCCCUUGAAGCAAACAUGUGAGCGUUACCUGGCUGCUCUGGAGCCCAUCGUCAGCGAGGAGGAGCUGGAGCACACCCGGCGACUGGUGGAGGAGUUCCUCAAGGGUGGUGUGGGGGAAAGGCUGCAGAAAGGCCUGGAGCGACGGGCACGCAAGACAGACAACUGGCUGUCAGAAUGGUGGAGGCAGUCAGCAUAUCUAGACUGCCGUAUGCCAGUGGCGGUCUACACCAGCCCUGCAGUUGUCCUGCCUCGCAUGCACUUCCAUGAUCGACAAGGACAGAUUAGGUUUGCUGCCAAACUGAUUGCAGGAGUUUUGGACUUUAAAAAAAUGAUUGACACUGAGACCCUGCCUCUAGAGUACCUGAGUGGGAAGCCGCUGUGUAUGGACCAGUAUUACCAGAUCCUUUCCUCCUGUCGUAUUCCUGGUCCAAAGAGAGAUACUGUUGUAAAUCACACCAUCGGGAAGACGUCUCCCACUCAUAUCACUGUGGUCCACAACUUCCAGUUCUUUGUCUUGGAUGUGUACAACAGCGAUAGCACCCCGCUGACAGUAGACCAGAUAUACAUGCAGUUGGAGAAGAUCUGGAACUCCUCUUUGCAGACUAACAAGGAGCCUAUUGGCAUCCUUACAUCACAGCACCGCAACACCUGGGGAAAAGCCUAUAACAACCUGAUUAAGGAUAAGACAAAUAAGGAGUCAGUCCGUGCCAUCCAGAAAAGUAUCUUCACAGUUUGUUUGGAUGCCCCCAUGCCACGGGUGUCAGAUGAGCUGUAUCAGAGCCGCGUGGCUGCCCAGAUGUUGCAUGGAGGCGGAGCUCGCUGGAACAGCGGCAACCGCUGGUUUGACAAGACAUUACAGUUCAUUGUUGGUGAAGACGGUACAUGUGGACUGGUGUAUGAACAUGCACCUGCUGAGGGUCCACCCAUUGUUUUUCUCAUUGAUUACGUCGUUAAAUACAUACGGAGAACUGAAAUGGUUCGCUCUCCCAUGGUUCCCCUGGCCAUGCCUCAGAAACUGCGCUUUAACAUUACACCUGAGGUCAAGAGAGACAUUGAGAAAGCCAAACAAAAUAUGAACAUAAUGGUGCAUGACUUAGAUGUGAAGGUGCUUAUGUUCUCUCAUUUUGGAAAAAAUGUGCCAAAGCAACAUAAGCUGAGUCCAGAUGCGUUUGUGCAAAUGGCUCUUCAACUUGCCUACUUCAGGAUGUAUAGUAUUUGCUGCUCUACCUAUGAGAGUGCAUCGUUACGAAUGUUCAAAUAUGGGCGAACAGAUGCAAUCCGUGCAACUACUGUAGACUCGUUGAACUUCAUCCAGGCAAUGCAAGACCCAGCUAAACAGAACACAGAGAGGCUGUCGCUGCUGCAGAAGGCCAUUCAGACACAUAAGGAGAACACGUACAAUGCAAUUCAUGGACAAGCCAUAGACAGACACCUCCUUGGGCUGAAGAUGCUGAGUAUUGAAGACCUGACCUCCAUGCCUGAGAUAUUCAUGGAUACUUCUUUUGCUGUAGCUCAUCAUUAUAAUCUCUCCACCAGCCAGGUUGGCUCCAAGACAGACUGCGUGAUGUGCUUUGGUCCGAUGGUGCCAGAUGGCUAUGGAGUGUGUUACAAUCCCAUGGAUGAGCACAUCAACAUCGCCAUCACAGCCUUCAACAGCUGUGAGGAGACGAACGCUGCCAAGUUUGCCCAGGCUGUAGAGGAUGCUCUGUUGGACAUGAAUGCUCUCCUGGAAGACACAGCCACAGCCAAGCAGUGAUCCCAGCACAGGAGCCUGGCACGGUGUUUGUGUCCCACCGGGCUGUAUUUUGGGUCUGGAACUGAACCGGUGCCGGAGUCGCUGGCAGAAUGCCACGCUGACAUAGACGCACAAUGAACUGAGUGUGCUGGAACUGAGGGGAAACCUGUUAUCAAAAGCUUGUGGGAAGUAGAAUGUAUGACAGUAUACAGUACACUGCCUUUGUAAUAAGAGGCAAUUCUCUAUGAUGGAAAAUCUAUAUUUUAAUAUAUUGUGUUAUAAAUAAACUUUAAAUUAACAUAA